GCCAGGCCAUGGACGAGUUUCCUCCACGUGCAGAAUCAGAAGAAGGAACUGAGAUUAAUAACUUCUUGUACCAGUGAAGGUGCGCAUUCCAUCCUUCCUGUCAUCAUGCUGCGUAGCAUCUUCCAAUCUUCAUCCUACGCCGUGCGGCCUCGGCUCGGCUUGGAGCGCUGUUCGUGUCAUCGCGAUCUUCCUGCACGCGCUUCAAGCAGCACAAGCAUUGGCGCAAGCACGCCCUCAAGAGUACACAGGAGUCCAUCCGCAAGCAGGCGUGCGGAUGAAUCAUCACCAACCAGCGCAGAAGGGUCAAGCAGUGGCUCAGACGCCUCGCCCGCACCGCGUUCCGAGACUCCGGCUGCCACAUCAUCAGCAUCCGAAUCACGUCUGCCCGGCUUGGGCGGCUUUUUCAACCCUUACCGAGCGCGAGCGAAGUUGCCUGAACACAAGAUCCACGUACACGCAUCGCCUAAUAACACCAUAAUUACCGUCACCACGCCCGAAGGUAACCCGCUCUUCUCGUCCAGCGGCGGGACAGCCGGGUUCCGCAAAGGCGCCAGGAGCGGGUACGAAGCAGGCUACCGCGCCAGCUUCCAGGCGUUCCGCGAGAUCCAGCAGCACCGCGAGCAGUGGAGGGUCAGCGGGAUCGAGGUGCUUUUCAAGGGCUUUGGGCAGGGCAGGGAGGCAUUCUUCCGCGCGCUCAUCGCGGCCGAGGGGUCGAAGACCAGAGAGUUGGUACGAAGAGUGACAGAUGCAACGAGUAUCAAGAUUGGCGGUGUCCGGCCCAAGAAGCGGAGAAUGCUAUGAUGUCGUGGCAGACGGUGUCAACCCCACACGACUGUUGCAAUACAUCGAUGAACAUGACAAUGUCUCAAAAGCUUUGAUACUAGAAUAAUAUGCAUAACGUAC